AGCUUCAUUCUUUUCUUUCCAGCUUUUCAAAAAACUGCAAAACCAAAUAAUGAUCCAGAGAAUCAAGACACUCAAUCUCACGGUAACAUAAAAAAUAAUAAAGGGACAGACGAAGACGACCAAAGGCCUGUAGGAGCAUUUCACAGAAGAAUUUGUUACUACACAGAUAUUGGUUUCCUCAAGUUUGUAAUGAAACUCAUGCUCAUCAUACUGGGAAUGGGAUUUCGUAGGAUAUCGAAAAUCAAAGAAAAGAAAGGCAAGCACACAUGGGCAGUCCGGAUCUUAGAAAAAUUGAUCCCGAAUGAAGCUAAUUACAAGUAUCAGCAUGCUGGGGGGAAACCUCUGCAACCUGUAGAACCUCCAAACAAACCAAUUCACCUUCCUAUCACACCACCUUUUAUAUAUUAUGCAAGCCAGUCUGAUUCAGAGGAAACAAUGCCUGCAGAGGCAAACAAACAUAAGGAGACACCUAUAUUAUCAGCAGCAAAAAUGGGACUCCAAAAGAUAGUAGAGAAAAUCAUCAAGACAUUCCCGAUAUCUAUUCAUGAUGUGGAUCCAAAUCAGAAGAAUGUCUUACUUUUGGCUGUUGAGAACAGGCAAGUUGCUGUCUACAAUUUCUUGCAAAAGCAGAAGCUCCCAGCAUUUGUGCACUAUCAAGUGGACAACAAGGGAAACAGCGCGGCGCACCUUGCUGCAAUGUACAGUGGUCAAAAAUAUUGGCAAAGUCCUGGUGAUGCAUUGCAGUUGCAAGGAGAACUCAAAUGGUACAAGUAUGUGAGGAUUAACCUGCCACCAGAAUCGUGUGUUCGUUACAACAAUGAAGGGCAGUCUCCACGGGAUGUGUUUUUAGAGACACAUGCUAAUCUAACUAAACUUGCCACCACAUGGCUCAUCAAGACCUCGGAAUCAUGGUCGGUCAUCGCAGCACUGAAUGCAACUGUGGCAUUUGCCGCAUCAACAACCGUUCCUGGUGGGCUGAAUCAAAACACUGGCUAUCCAAUUCUUAAUGGCCAACCCGCGUUUACUGCAUUUGCAUUGUCAUCACUCAUAGCUUUCUGCUUCUCGGUCACUGCCCUCAUCUUCUUCCUCGGAAUCCUCAAUUCGCGGUGCCAACAAAAGGAUUUCUAUAAACAUAUCCCAAUGAAGCUGCUAUAUGGACUCACUUUCCUCUUCACAUCCAUAGCUGCUUUCUUGAUCUCUUAAUGCGCUGCUCAUUCUUUUGUUAUCAAGAGUAAACUCAAAUAUGCAACAUUCCCUAUAUACGGAGUAGUGUGCUUACCGGUCACAAUUUUUGCCUUCAAUGCGCUCCCAUUGUACUUCCAUCUUUUCAGGUCUAUCGUCCAAUCAGUGCAUUUUCGCAACUUCAGAGUUUCCUAUACCGGCAAGCUAAACAAAGACUCCUCAACUUCAAAGGAUCAUUAAGAUAAAACUAAGGAUGGAUUAUGUAAUUUUUCCAUGCAAUGGGAAAAUCAAUUUCGUUCUUUGAUUUUCAA